ACUUCAUUGUCCCUUGUCUUUUGCAGCGCGGCGCGAGAAGAAAGCGCGUGGGCGCGUUCCCAUAUAAAUGGAUGGGAUGACUGUCUAUCCAGGCAUUACUCAUGAAAGCCUGCGGGAAACUCGACGUGGAUAGCCGUCGGCCGGUUGUGGACACAAGUGCAACAGUCAAUUGUUAUUUGAACAGUGAAAAUGAAGUUUCAAAGCGCGUGUUUACUUUUCGCGAUCGUUUUAUGUUUUGUUGUGAUCUGUGAGGCUUACCCUUUUCGAUCUGGCAACAUAGACUACUUGGAGGCUCUUCGCCGAAUGCAGCAGAUACCCCAAUGGCACUGCAUGAGGUACCGGCGGCUACAGCUCCACGGCCACUGCAGCCGGUGGCUGCUGCUCCGACGGACCUGAUACCCCAAGGUAUUGAAGACAAGAGGAUCUACUAAGGUUAUACGGCUGUAACCCAUUUCAUACAAGUUUCAAGUUGUAUAAUACUUCUACAGACGUCAUCUAAAAAACUCUAUCGUGCAUUUUUCGUAAAAUUAACCUACUAGGUCU